AUGUCUAUGUUGACACAUUUCGCCUGUUGUUUGACAACAGAAAUACAAUUCCGUAACCUGACAAGUCAUUUGCAGGCUGAAAGCAAGGAACGGAUCAAAUUGCAGAAUGUCACCGCAGAAUUGCAAAAAUUUAUUGUUCAACUUCAAACAGACAAUCUGCUUCUCAAAGAAGUCAUAGAGAGAAACAGUAUCAAAUCUGUGUCACUAGAAGAGGAACUGCCAUUUUGCGAUCAAUCGAAUCGUGGAUUGCUUCGUGUUUUACUUGGUUCUGUAAACUCUUCCCGUAUGUCAGACAUGGUAUUGAUAUGCCUCGAAUUGGGAAAUGGAAGUUUCUAUUGGACAAAAGUAAAUUAUGUACCAAGAACAAGCGGCAGCAGCUGUCAAGAGUUGAAGAAAUCAUUAACGAACUUACCAGAUGGGAAUUACCUUAUAAAAGACAGUCGCAUGCAACUGGUAGAGGUUUAUUGUGAUAUGAUGGUAUCCGACGGCGGCUGGUUAUUGAUUGGAAAGUCAUUUCAGCCCAAUUUAAGAAAUCUACCAUCGACAAGCAACUCGAUAACUUUAACUAACGGUCAGGGAUGGUCAAAUAGAUUUGGUUCAAUGAUAGUCAACGAUUUCCGUGUGCAAUUUUCUACUUCGUCUUCAAUGACUGAUACCAAAGGACAUUGGUACUAUCAUUUGGCUCGUCCACGGGCUCUUGGUGAACUGUUUACAAAGGGAAGUUCAAACGGAUGCAUUAAAGAUGGAAUUACGGAUAUUGAAUAUACAUUUGACAUCCGCAGUGGCACAAAGUACUCCAAUCAUCGAUGUUCAGGAUUUCGAGAUUCUUCUUCAGCGGAUUCACUAAACAGUUGUUUUAAAACAAGCUUAUGUUCGAUAUCAGGAGACGACGGCUCGUUUAGUUUCCACGGACAAAAUGAACGGUCUGGACAAGACACAUCUUCUACUGCAUAUUUCGGAUGUGACGAUGGCGUUUGCUGUGCUUGCUGGGGUGCAACUGGAGGAAAGGAGAGCUACUGCACAAACGACUGCGGUACAGCCAACGGUGGAUCGAAAUCCUCUAGUGGAUACGCUUGGUUCUAUGUGCGCUGACACAAGAAAUUGGCAAAACAGAUAGAUGUUUUCGAGUUUGUGUGUCAUGAAAAGCAAAUGUGCUAACACUGCUUUGAGCAACCGUCAUAUAAUAGAGCACUUUGCAUAAACUAUGUUGUUUAAUUUUCUGUCAGUUUUGGAUUUGCAAUAUUGUGUGCAAAAUUCAAGCCUUUCUAUACG